AUGAGCUUCGUCUCACAUUUGAAUUGAAUUCAUCGUUCCUCUUCCCUAACGUUGAACUCUCUCUCUGAUCACAACCAGAGGCUCAGAGAGAGCGAGAGAGAGAGAGAAAGAGAGAGAGAGAGAGAGAUUAGAGAUGUCUCUGAAGGCGUCGAAUUCGGGCAAGAAUUUGAUACUGCCAGUAUCGGAUUCUCCAAGAGACCUGGAGAGAGAGAGAUUCGUCGGAGACGAUAACGAUGAGAAGCUUUUCAGAGGAUCCGCCAUGACCAGACGUGGAGCCUACGCUGCAAUCUCUUACAUGGCCUGCGCAGUGUUAUUGGUGAUGUUCAACAAAGCAGCUCUCUCUUUUAAAAAGCAUUGAAAUUUCUGAUUACGUGAGCUAAACUUGACCUUCUGGUUGCUACUGCAGAUGAUAUGUUCAUGUGGUUUUCUCUAUGCCUUGAGACGCUGGAAGAUGAUUUCUUUCACCGUAGGUGAAUCUUUGACCAUUUCUGAUGACAAUAUCACAACACUUGUACCGUUAAAGACAUUGAAGAAAACCCUUCCUCUUGCCGGAGCCUAUUUGCUGUACAUGCUAGCCUCCAUGGAGUCUGUCCGUGGAGUAAAUGUUCCCAUGUACACCACCCUCAGGAGGACUACUGUGGUAUUUACAAUGGUUAUGGAGUAUAUUUUGGCCGGGCAAAGAUAUACAUCUCCUAUUGUUCGAAGUGUUGGACUGAUCGUUCUUGGUGCAUUCAUUGCUGGAGCUCGGGAUUUGUCAUUUGAUGCCUAUGGCUAUGCUGUUGUUUUCUUAUCUAACAUCACAACAGCAGUAUAUCUUGCAACCAUAGCCCGUAUUGGGAAAUCCAGUGGCCUUAAUAGCUUUGGCCUUAUGUGGUGUAACGGAGUCAUAUGUGGGCCGGCUUUGCUGUUUUUGACUUUUAUUCGUGGUGACUUGAAGACGACAAUCGAUUUUCCUUAUCUGUUUUCACCUGGUUUUAUGGCUGUCUUGCUUUGUUCCUGUAUACUGGCAUUCUUUUUGAAUUACAGCAUAUUCCUGAACACAACUCUAAAUUCAGCGCUCACACAGACAAUUUGCGGCAACUUGAAGGAUUUUUUCACCAUUGGACUUGGCUGGAUGCUAUUCGGUGGCCUUCCAUUUGAUAUUUUGAAUGUUAUUGGGCAAUUUCUGGGUUUCCUUGGUUCUGGAUUGUAUGCCUACUAUAAGCUCAUAGGGAAGUAACAUUUUCAACAAAUUGCUGGUUUUCUCCGCUGAAGAUGAUUAGUUGCUGCUGCCCUUGUUUCGGCCACCAAUUUUGAUUUUUGAUUAUGGGCUACUAGUAGAAGUGAGAUGUGAUACUGUUAAUACAGAAGAUUUCCGCGCAGCGGAUUUAACUCUUAACUGGAAACGAGGCCUGCUACUUUUGCCCUGUAAUUAUUCUUCUAUAUGGAUAGGUGUUAGAAACAGUGGUGGCAAUUUGGCAUUGGGAGCUGCUUGCUCAUCUAAUAUAUAUAUAUAUUUUUAAAGCUUGACAUUGUGAGCCUUUCUUAUUCCAAGGUUUU